CAGUUGGGCUCAUUAAUGGGUUGGGGUAAUUGUGUAGUCAUCUUCUUAAUUAGCCCAUUAAUUAGUGUAGGAGAAGGUCCCGUUGGGCGGAUGGCGUCGCCGGGGGGGGGCUCUCCCCCGGCCCCCCCGGCCCCCGCGGCGCUGCAGCCGCGCUGGAAGCGCGUGGUGGGCUGGUCAGGCCCCGUGCCCCGGCCGCGCCACGGCCACCGCGCCGUCGCCAUCAAGGAGCUCAUCGUCGUCUUCGGCGGCGGCAACGAGGGCAUCGUCGAUGAGCUGCACGUCUACAACACCGCCACCAACCAGUGGUUCAUCCCGGCGGUGCGGGGCGAUAUCCCCCCCGGCUGCGCUGCCUAUGGGUUCGUCUGCGACGGCACUCGGCUCCUCGUGUUCGGCGGAAUGGUGGAGUACGGCAAAUACAGCAACGACCUCUACGAACUGCAGGCGAGUCGGUGGGAGUGGAAGCGGCUGAAGGCGAAGACCCCCAAGAACGGGCCCCCCCCCUGCCCCCGCCUGGGCCACAGCUUCUCCCUGGUGGGCAACAAGUGCUACCUGUUCGGGGGGCUGGCCAACGACAGCGAGGACCCCAAAAACAACAUCCCCCGGUACCUGAACGACCUCUACGUGCUGGAGCUGCGCGCGGGCGCCGGCGUGGUGGCCUGGGACAUCCCCAUCACCUACGGCGUUCUGCCGCCCCCCCGCGAGUCCCACACCGCCGUCGUCUACACCGAGCGCGACUCCCGCAAAUCCAAGCUCGUCAUCUACGGCGGAAUGAGCGGCUGCCGCCUCGGCGACCUCUGGACCCUCGACAUCGAGACGCUGACGUGGAACAAACCGUCGCUGAGCGGAGUGGCGCCGCUGCCGCGCAGUCUGCACUCCGCCACCACCAUCGGCAACAAGAUGUACGUCUUUGGGGGUUGGGUGCCCCUCGUCAUGGACGAUGUGAAGGUGGCGACGCACGAGAAGGAGUGGAAGUGCACCAACACCCUCGCCUGCCUCAACCUGGAGUCGAUGGCGUGGGAGCCGAUCGUGAUGGACGCGCUGGAGGACAACGUCCCGCGGGCGCGCGCCGGGCACUGCGCCGUCGCCAUCACCACGCGCCUCUACAUCUGGAGCGGCCGCGACGGCUACCGCAAAGCCUGGAACAACCAGGUCUGCUGCAAGGACCUCUGGUACCUCGAGACCGAGCGUCCGCCGGCGCCGGCGCGGGUCCAGCUGGUUCGCGCCAACACCACGUCGCUGGAGGUGAGCUGGGGCGCGGUGCCCACGGCCGACUCCUACCUACUGCAGCUCCAGAAGUACGAGAUCCCCACCGCCACCGCCGCCGCCGCCGCCGCCGCCGCCGCUUCGCCGGCGCCCGCCGCCCCGGUGCCCUCCGUCCCCUCCAAUCCCCCCAAGAGCCCCGCGCCCGCCGCGCCCGCCCCGCCGCCCGCUGCCCCCCAGGCCGUGGGGGCCGUGGGGCUCACGCUGCUCACGCCCAACGCCAACGCCAACGCCAACGCCGGAACCGCCAACGCCGCCGCCGCAGCGCUGCAGGUGCUGCCCAACGCCAACGCCGCCGGAACCGCCGCCACUGCCGCCGCCAACCUCGGAGGGACAACACCAGGAACCCCCCGAACCCCCGGGCUGCCGGCGGUGCUGAAGGUCCCGGCUGCCGCCGCCCCCCCCGCCGCGGCCGCCCCCCCCCUGGUGACGGUGCGCUCGGCGCCCCCCGGCAAAGCCCCCGUCACCGUCACCCCCCUGCCCGGAGUGCGCAUGGUGGUGCCCGGCCAGGGGCCCCCCGGCACCGUGCUGGGCAGUAGCCCCCAGAUGAGCGGAAUGGCGGCGUUGGCGGCGGCGGCCGCGGCCACUCAGAAGAUCCCUCCGGCGUCGGCGCCGACGGUGCUCAGCGUUCCCCCCGGCGCCAUCGUCAAAACCGUCGCCGUCACCCCCGGAGCCACCGCGCUGCCCGUCAAGGUGGCGCCCAGCCCCGUCAUGGUGUCGACUCCGGCCACGCGGAUGCUGAAGACGGCGGCGGCGGCGGUUGGGACGGGGGUCGGCGCUGCCCCCCCGAGCGGCGGCGGUGGCGGUGGCGGUGGCGGUGGCGGUGGCGGUGGCGGUGGCGGCGGUGGCGGCGGUGGCGCAGCGGCGGUGGCGGCGCCGUCGCGUCCCAUCAUUACGGUGCACAAAUCGGGGGCGGUGACGGUGGCGCAGCCGACGGCGCAGGUGGUGACCACCGUGGUGGGCGGCGUCACCAAAACCAUCACCCUCGUCAAGAGCCCCAUCUCCGUCCCGGGGGGCAGCGCCCUGAUCUCCAAUCUGGGGAAGGUGAUGUCGGUGGUGCAGACGAAGCCGGCGCAGAGCUCGGCCGUCACCGGGCAGGCGCCCUCGGGGCCCGUCACCCAAAUCCUGCAGACGAAAGGGCCUCUUCCGGCGGGAACGAUCCUGAAGUUGGUGACGUCGGGGGAGGGGAAACCCACCACCAUUUUGACGACGACGACGGCGGCGGCCGCGGGGGGAGGGGGCAAAGGGCCCCCCACCAUCCUGGGGAUCAGCAGCGUCAGCCCCAGCGCCACCAAAGCCGGGACCACCACCAUCAUCAAAACCAUCCCCGUCUCCGCCAUCAUCACCCAGGCCGGCGCCACCGGCGUCUCGAGCUCCGCGGGGAUGAAGUCCCCCAUCACCAUCAUCACCACCAAAGUGGUGACGGCCGCCACCGGCGCUCCCGCCAAGAUCCUCACCGCCGUCCCCAAGCUCGGCGCCGCCCACGGCCAGCAGGGCCUCACCCAGGUGGUGCUGAAGGGCGCCCCGGGGCAGCCGGGUACCAUCCUGCGCACGGUGCCCGUGGGCGGCGUCCGUCUCGUCACCCCCGUGACCGUAUCGGCCGUGAAACCCACCGUCACCACGCUGGUCGUUAAGGGCACCACAGGGGUGACGACGCUGGGCACGGUGACGGGGACGGUGUCGAGCAGCCUGGCGGGCGCCGGUGGCCACGGGGCCUCGGCCUCGCUAGCCACGCCCAUCACCACGCUGGGCGCCAUCGCUACGCUCUCCAGCCAAGUCCUCAACCCGGCGCCCAUCACCGUCUCGGCCGCCGCCACCACCACCGCCGCCUCGGCCACCGCCGCCAUCGCCGUCCAGCCGGUGUCGCAGGCGACGCAGGUGACGCUGAUCACGACGCCGAGCGGCGCGGAGGCCGCGCCGGGCCAGGACCUGCCCGUCUCCAUCCUGGCGUCGCCCACGGCCGAGCAGCCGGCGCCCGUGGCUACCGAGGCGGCCGGGGAGGCGGCCACCGUCACCCUGGUCUGCUCCAACCCCCCCUGCGAGACCCACGACACCGGCACCACCAACACCGCCACCACCAGCAUGGUGGCCAACGUGGGCGCCGCGCUGGCCCAACAGCUCCAGGGGCCGCCCGACGCUCAGGAGACCGCGGCUACCAACGCAGCCACCGUGGCCACCACGCGGUUCUGCUCCAACCCCCCCUGCGAGACCCACGACACCGGAACCACCAACACCGUCACCACCGCCGCCGGCGCCCGGUCCUCCUCCGGCUCUUCCUGUGACGCUCAGGAGAUGGUGGCCACCAACACGACCCCCGUGGCCACCACCAGGUUCUGCUCCGGCUCUUCGUAUGAGGCUCAGGAGAUGGUGGCCACCAACACGACCAUGGUGGCCACCACACAGUUCUGCUCCAACCCUCCGUGUGAGACCCACGAGACCGGAACCACCAACACCGUCACCACCGCCGCCGGCGCCCGGUCCUCCUCCGGCCCUUCCUGUGACGCUCAGGAGAUGGUGGCCACCAACACGACCCCCGUGGCCACCACCAGGUUCUGCUCCGGCUCUUCGUAUGAGGCUCAGGAGAUGGUGGCCACCAAUGUGGCCACGGUGGCCACCACACAGUUCUGCUCCAACCCUCCAUGUGAGACCCACGACACCGGAACCACCAACACCGUCACCACCGCCGCCGGCGCCCGGUCCUCCUCCGGCCCUUCGUGUGAGGCCCAGCAGAUGGUGGCCACCAACACGACCACCAUGGCCACCAUGAGGUUCUGCUCCAACCCUCCAUGUGAGACCCACGAGACCGGGACCACCAACACGGCCACCACCACGGUGGCCGCGGGCUCGCGGUCCUCCUCCGGCCCUUCUUGUGAGGCUCAGGAGAUGGUGGCCACCAACACGACCACCGUGGCCACCAUGAGGUUCUGCUCCAACCCUCCGUGCGAGACCCACGAGACCGGAACCACCAACACCGUCACCACCGCCGCCGGCACCCGGUCCUCCUCCGGCUCUUCCUGUGAGGCCCAGCAGACGGUGGCCACCAACGUGGCCACCAUGGCCACCACUCGGUUCUGCUCCAACCCUCCGUGCGAGACCCACGAGACCGGAACGACCAACACGGCCACCACCACGGUGGCCGCGGGCUCGCGGUCCUCUUCCACCGCCGCCUGCGAGGCCCAGCAGACGGUGGCCACCAACACGACCCCCGUGGCCACCCCGCGGCUCUGCUCCAGCUCUUCGUGUGAAGCUCAGCAGACGGUGGCCACCAACACGACCCCCGUGGCCACCACUCGGUUCUGCUCCAACCCUCCGUGCGAGACCCACGAGACCGGAACCACCAACACGGCCACCACCACGGUGGCCACCGGCGCCCGGACCUGCGAGUCCGCCGAGACGGCCACCACUGCCACCGCCACGGUAGCCACGGGCUCGCGGCCGGCCGAGACGGUGCCCACCGCCGCCAGACCGUGUUCCACCCCUCCGUGUGAGCCCCCCGAGACGGCCACCACGGCCACCGCCACGGUAGCCACGGGCUCCCAACCGGGCGAGAUGGUGGCCACCACCAGCGGCGCCGCGGUGGCCACCGUGGUCUCCCGCCCGUGUUCCAACCCCCCCUGCGAGACGCACGAGACCGGAACCACCAACACGGCCACCACCACGGUGGCCACGGGCUGCGGCGCCUGCGAGCCACACCAGACGGGGACGACCACCACGGCCACCGCCACGGUAGCCACGGGCUCCCGGGUGGCCGAGACGACCGCCGUGACGGCCGCCGCCACGUUGAUGGCCACCACCGCCACGUUGAUGGCCACCGCCGCCGUAGUGGCCGCUCCGACCGCCGCGGUGGCCACCGGCCCGUGUUCCUCGGAGCCCCCGGAGGUCCCCGUGGCUUUGGGGUCCCCUCUGGGGGGUCCCCCGAGUCCCCGCGCGCCCCUGGGCUGCUCCAACCCCCCCUGCGAGACCCACGAGACCGGGACCACCCCCACGGCCACCACCGUCACCGCCGCCAUGGGCUCCAACCAGGAGCCCCCCCCGCCGGGCAGUGGGGUCCCCGGGGGGGCAGUGGGGGACACAGAGCCCCCCCCGAGCCCCGGGCCCAGCGCCGCCCCCCGAGCGCUCACUACGGUCACCCAGGCCAUGGCGGCGCCGGCACCCGCCCUGCCGUGGGUCCGUGUCUCCCCUCAGCCCAUCUCGUCGCUCACGGACCCCUCGGCUGCUCCUCCGUCUCCGUCUCCUCCGUCCCCGGCGGCUCCGGCGUCUCCGGCGGCGUUGGCUCUGGUGGUGCUGCCGCCGGGCCCGGGCGGCGCUGAGGCGCUGGCGCUGCCCCCGGAGCUGAUGGCGGAGCCGGGGGGCGGCCGUGGGGCAGGGGGAGCACCAUCGCCCCCCGGCCCGGAGCCUCCGGCGGCCGCGGCGCUGCCGGCGUUGACCCCCGAGGAGUUGGCGGUGACGGCGGCGGCCGAGGCGGCGGCUCAGGCGGCGGCGAGCGAGGAGGCGCAGGCGCUCGCCAUCCAGGCCGUGCUGCAGGCCGCCCAGCAGGCCGUGCUCGGUCCCGGGGAGCCACUGGGCGCUGGUUCGGUGCCGGGGUCGGUGGUGGCCGGCUCGGAGGGGUCGGCGGUGGCCGCGGGGGCGGUGCCCAUCGUGCUGACUCAGCAGGAGUUGGCGGCGUUGGUGCAGAGCCCCACGGCGGCGCCGCCCCCCCCCGCGCCCCACACGCCGCCCCCCCCCCCGCCGCCCCCCAUCGCCGCCGCCCCACAGCUCUCGGCCCCACAGCACCUCCCCACGGAGGCGCUCGCCCCCGCCGACAGCCUCAACGAACCCGAGGGGGCCCCCAACGGCCUGGGGGACACCCCCGCGCCCCCCGACGCCCUGGCCCCCCCCGGCGCCUUCGUCGCCCCCCAACCCGUGGGGGGAGGGGCGAAGCUCCCGGUGGCCACCGCAGGGCCCGAAGUGGCCAACGGCCUCGAACCCGGCCCGGGGAGGGCUCUCCCCGCGGCGCCGCCGAAGGUUCCCUCCAAGAAGGAGAAUCAGUGGUUCGAUGUGGGGGUGGUGAAGGGCACCACCAUGAUGGUCACCCACUACUUCCUCCCCAGCGACGACGGCGCCGCCCCCGACGAGGAGGCGCUCUCGGUGCCGGACCACUCUCAGCUCCGCCGCCAGGAGCUCCAGCCCGGCACUGCCUAUAAGUUCCGGGUGGCGGCGCUCAACGCCUGCGGCCGCGGACCCUUCUCCGAUCUCUCGGCCUUCAAAACGUGUCUGCCCGGCUUCCCCGGGGCGCCCUGCGCCAUCAAGAUCAGCAAGAGCCCCGAUGGGGCGCACCUGACGUGGGAGCCGCCCUCGGUCACCUCGGGGCGCAUCGUGGAGUACUCCGUCUAUUUGGCCAUUCAGAGCGGCGCCACCGCCGCCACCGCCGCCGCCACCGCCACCGCCACCGCCACCACCGCAUCGGCGUCACCAUCACCGUCAUCGGCACCGGAGGGCCGCGCGGGGGCGUCGCCGCUGGCCUUCCUGCGGGUGUACUGCGGGCCCAGCCCGGCGUGCCUGGUGCAGGCCGGCAGCCUCGCCGCCGCCCACAUCGACCACACCACCAAACCCGCCAUCAUCUUCCGCAUCGCCGCCCGCAACGACAAAGGCUACGGCCCCGCCACACAGGUCCGGUGGCUCCAAGAGUCCAACAAGGACGGAGCGGUGGCCAAACCGGGCGGGAAGCGGCCGCUGUCCUCCCCCGACCUGAAAUCCGCUCCAAAGAAGCCGAAGGCCGAUGGGCAGUGACGCCCCACAGCUCCCACUGCCCCACACAUCCGGGGGGGGGGGGGACACAACGCCGCUAUGGGGCGACUUAUGGGGCGACUUAUGGGGCGGGG